UCACAUUCUUCACCCGCCCCCCUUCCCCUUCCCCUUCAAUGUUCUAACCGUCCUAUUUUCUCAUUCAUUCUUCUUCUCGAAGCUCGCCGCUGAACUCUUCGCUCGGGACGAUCUCCGGCGGCAUCGAAAAUGGCGAAUUCACCCUUCCGCCUCCCCCUCCUCUUCCUCCUACUCGGCCUCCUCGCCGCCUCCUCCACCGCCGAGAUCAAAUCCCUCAAGAUCUCCUCCGACAACCGUCCCAUGAUUCUCUUCGAGAAAUUCGGAUUCACUCACACCGGCCAGGUCUCCAUUUCCGUCAAAUCGGUCUCUGUUACUACGUCCCUUGCUGAAACCGAUCCUUCUCGUCUUGGAUUCUUUCUCUUAUCUGAAGAAUCGCUUCUUCAAGUCCUUCUCGAGAUCCAGCAAAACCCUCAGUUUUGUGUUCUUGAUUCUGGCUACAUCCAUCGCCUCUUUACCUUCCGGGAUCUCUCUCCGCCGCCGCAGAGCUCCUUUAGCCAUUCUUACCCUGUUACUGCCCCUACUGAAUAUAGCCUUUUCUUCGCGAAUUGCGCCCCGGAAUCUUCAGUUUCUAUGGAGGUGCGAACGGAGGUUUUCAAUUUGGACCGCGAUGGUUCCAAGGACUACCUCUCCGCUGGCCUCACUCAGCUCCCUUCGCUCUAUUUUGUAUUUUCUCUUGCUUAUCUUGCCUUCUUAGGGCUUUGGAUCUACGUGGGUCUCACGAAUAAGCGCAGCGUUCACAGGAUCCACUUGUUGAUGGGCGGAUUGUUGUUGAUGAAAGCGUUGAAUCUCAUUUGUGCUGCUGAGGAUAAGCAUUACGUCAAAAUUACCGGGACGCCUCAUGGUUGGGAUGUGUUAUUUUACAUCUUUCAGUUUAUUCGGGUUGUUUUGCUUUUCACAUUGAUUGUUUUGAUCGGAACUGGGUGGUCGUUUUUGAAGCCGUUUUUGCAAGAGAAGGAGAAGAAGGUGUUGAUGAUUGUGAUCCCACUUCAAGUCUUGGCUAAUGUGGCCUCCGUUGUGAUCGGCGAAACUGGGCCAUUUAUUAAGGAUUGGGUCACUUGGAAUCGGGUUUUCUUGUUGGUGGAUAUCAUAUGUUGCUGUGCCAUAAUUUUCCCCAUUGUUUGGUCAAUUCGAUCUCUGAGAGAGACAUCGAAAACCGACGGGAAGGCUGCAAGGAAUUUGGCAAAGCUCACUCUUUUCAGGCAGUUCUACAUUGUUGUGAUUGGAUAUUUGUAUUUUACACGGAUUGUCGUUUUUGCGCUCAAGACUAUUGCAGCAUACAAGUAUCAAUGGGUGAGUAAUGCAGCUGAGGAGAUUGCUAGCCUUGUCUUUUACAUGGUGAUGUUCUAUAUGUUUAGGCCUGUGGAGAGAAAUGAAUACUUUGUUCUGGAUGAGGAAGAAGAAGAGGCUGCAGAGUUGGCUCUCAGGGACGAAGAAUUUGAGCUUUGAAAUGGGAAUUGAAGAGUAUUUUCUAGUUCUUAUUGCCAUAUUUUGCUUCUGCCAUACAACUGCAAGUGAUAUAGCUGAUUUACAAAUAGAAAUUGUUGAAGUCAGGUCUGCUGCUCAUUUUGCUGAUGUUUUUUUCCCUGUUUUGCCCUCAUUUCAACUCGUGUAGAAACUUGAAAUUGUUCUCUCCUUUUUGUUAUCCAUGUUUAUUUUUCAUGUCAUGCUAUUAGUGACUGCCACUUAUAGAGUUCGCUCAAACAUGAAAUGUUGGAAGCCUCUUUAUUAUGUUCC